CUGCCAGCUAUUACUUUUCUACUUGAGACAAACCAACGCAACUUUACACGCAGCAAUUGCGAGGCCUCACGUGACAAGAUUAUUGACAAGCUCGCUGUUGUUAGUUGCGCUGCGUUUCUUUUUGCUCUUGCGCAUAUUUUUAGGUGCAGCGUGUUAUCAAUGGCUUUAGGAAUAGAUCCCAAAUGGGAGUUGCAAUUGAAGCCUCACCUACUACCGGUUGCCGAGCAGUUGAGGCCUAGCCGACAUCAACUUCCAACCAGACUGUAUAGCAAAUCCCUCAUUAAACGAGACGAAGAGCAGAAGUUCCAAAACUCAACCAAGACAGAGACAGAUUUGGCCUUGGAAAUUCUAACAGUUUUGCGCCAUCAAUGUGUCGGAUCAUUUGACCAGUUUUGCGACGUACUUCUAGAAGUUGGAGACGAAAGUCUAUGUGAUGUGGAGAAACUUCUUCGUCCUGGUCGCACUGAGAGUCGAUGUAAGCUUUAUCAAAGAAAAGCUGCAAUAUCGUCAUUGAGAUCAACGACAGAUAGUACAGAGAAACCACAACAGUGUACUAAACAUCAGCAAUCAGGUAAGUAUCCAAAUUUUGUAUUUAAUACGUCAAUCUAGAGAUUAUAUCUAUAUUUUAGAUAUUAUAAGGUAUUGGAAAAAUCUAACCUACUAAUUGUACCCAUUAGUUUUAUGCUUUAUAAUGUCAUUGUGCUCACUACUUGCUAAUUCAUUAUCGCUUUAGAAGUAGAUUUAUUAAUUAAUUGUCAAUUCAUAUACAGUAAUUUAUAGUAACCGUACGUGCUUUAAAGGAGAAAAGCAUAACUGCAUUGUUUAAUUGUGUUAUUACUAGUUAUUUUAUGGGCACGUUGAGGAUAGUGUUGCUAUUACAAAGAGGGAGUGGCAGCUAAAAACGAGAUAAUUACCGAAGGUUACGUGUCGGAACGAGUGGUCGAGAUAGAUUUUGGAACCAUGUGUAUAGGAGGACAGAUCUAUAUUCGAGCUGUUUAUGUAGGCUAUAUAUAGUCUAGGCUGGUAUUGCGUCGUAUCGUCUACGAAACGUGGCAAAAGUAGAAGUAACCACACUACACGAGAGGAUGUACUAUUGGAGUCCUCUUGAGAUAUCGUACUACUCGAGUACAAUUUACAAAGCUCUGUAUCGAAAGUAUGCGUACUCUGGGUAGUAUGGCUUUCCGACUGCCUUAGGGACCGAAAGGAGCGUCGAAUCUUUUCAUGUCGAAAGCAAACAGUGCAUAGCGUUUGUUGCAUCGGUCCGACUAGCUCGUUGGUUUUUGCGAGUUACUCGUAGGUAGCGGACUUGAGUGCGAAGCGCUUGGUCUUGGUCAUGUAUUGUGUCGUCGUCUGUUGUAGCCUGGAGGUAAGC